UUUUCGCGUGCUGACUGUUGCAUGCAACGGAGGUGUUUGAGCAGUGUGUGAUACCGAUUUUUACUUAUUCUGUUUUUUUUCAAAACAAAAAUAUAACGUAAUAUAUACGUUUAAUACCUUUUAUAAAUAUUUGUCUGUUGUUAUUGGUUAAAUAAACAAUCAAUUACGGUGGCGUUAACCCGUUCCAACGGGGCGGCCAAAUAAUUCUUCCCUCUUCACGGAAGGAAGUAACUUAAUAUUUAAAAAAAAAAAAAAAAAAAGUGCGUAUUGAAUAAUUGCGAAAUCGUAGCGUAAUUUCAUAAGUUUACGCGAUUGGAUGUCAACCACGAGAGCCGAGAGUUUCCCGCCAAAAGCCGAACCGUCUUCUGGAGUACCUGUUCCAACAGUAUCGGACAUUGAAAUGGAAGAUCCGGAUUCGAAUGAAGGAAACAAAGCACUACCGGAAAUGGCAAUAAAUACGAAUACGGAUGCUAAGCCAGCCUCCAAAUCUGAUGCUAGGUCAGUUGCCAAAUCGGCUAGCAAGGCGUCGUCAAGAUCCUCCCCAGAGCCGGAGCAACAUGUUCCGGAGAGGAGGGAGCGCCGCAGAAAGUCCAAGGAACGGCCCGCUCCGCCGACAGCGCCUCCCCAGAAACUGAACUGGAAGUUUAACCUGCGCAUCCUGAUCUCAAACCUGUACAUGAAGAGCGAGGAUCGUCUGCCGGGAGCCUGUGUGCCCAAGUGUCUGCACAAUGCCACACAGUGUACGGAAAGGCACCGCUGCUCCAUGCUCCCGGAUGCCCCUAAUUUUACGGCAGUGCAGGCCCUGCGGACCACAUUGCAUGGCCAGCACUACGAUACCUUCCUUGACAUCCUGGAGAUGAUGGUGCUGCAGUGCGUCUACCCGGGCGAAGGUGUCCUUGACAGACUUAUAGACAUGGCCAUGAUCCUAAUUGCCAAGGAGAUGAGCGUCAAGGAGCUGGGCGACACCUACAACAAGCUGAUACGCACCUUCUUCCUGCUGGUCGACGCCUUUCCUCCCUGCUGGACGGCCCUACGUCCCUACUACCUGAAUUUCCUGGGCGUCAGGAAUCCCGCCCUGCGUGAUGUGCGUUCCAAAGAUUCCCCGCAGAAGCUGCAGUUCUACUUGAAUCUCCUAGAGGAGACCCUUGCCCAAUGCACCGAUGAGGAGAUACAAGAAAACACCAAGUUCUACGAGAAGUUCGUGUUCAAUUUUUCGGAGGAGGAGGAUGCCAAUAUGUCGCAGGAGACCGUCUUUUUGCGGCAUGUCCAGGAGUACGACUGGCUUAGUGGCAAGCUCUGCCUGGACGACUUUAACAGAAUGUCACCUGCAGUCCGUCUGGCUCGGGUGUGUGAUGUGCUGAACAUGCUGACCUGGGUGCUGGAAAUGGAGUUUCUCUCCUGGCUAGAUCACAAUAGGCUGCGGCAGUCGGAGUCCGAGAUGUUCCAGGAAGACUCCCAGCCAUUUGCAGCGAUUGUGUUUGGGAUGUCUGCUAGUACGCGGCUCACGGACAUCGUCAAGCAAGUCAUGAAGCUGUAUGGGCAGGCUGCGGCCAAAUCCAUGUACCCAGAACGCCAGAGGAUUCUCCAGCGCCUUAUUUCCCUCGUCAUAGAAGUUAGCAACACAGCAGAGCUGAAGUACGUGGACAAUGCUGUGAUUUAUCCGAAUCUGGGCGUCCAGACCCGCCAGCUCAUUGCAGACUUCUUCAACAUCUUCAAGUCUCAGAAUGCUAAGCACAUUGACACCUACUUGAAGACCAUUCCGCAGCUGGAUCUCACAUACCUUCGCUACGAGUUUACCGACCACUUUCUGCAGCUCUUCCACUUUCCCAAAAAGCUACCCUUUGGCCCGGAGAAGGUGGUCAAAGAGUUCACCGACUGUCAUUGGCUAAAUUAUAAACCAAAAAGCGAGAUUGGGAAUAACAGCGACACUCAAUUGUGCCGCGAGGAUUACUUGGGAUUACUACUCAACGCCCUUAAGGACUUUGACAAGUGGCUAAACCUCGGUGGAUUCUGGAAAUUCCUGAAGAGAAAGGAGCAUGUGCAGCCGUUGACCACGAGGACCAGUAGUCCACUAGCCACCCCAGUGGGGGUGAGAACAGGUGACACAGGCGUGGUCUUUAUGCUGGACGAGAUGGACGAGGAGAAGCUUACCUGGAAAAAGCGAAUGAAUGAGAAGGUGGUCAAAGGUCGGCCCAAGGUGAAUCUGCCAGUGGCCAGGAUCAAUGUGGCCAAGAUGUGCGUUCGCUAUGGGGAGGAUGUGCGACAGCUGAGAUUCCUGCGACGACUGCUGCAGAGCCAGGACCAAAAGGAGGUCGACGUAUCCGAUUGGCUGAUCUAUCUGAACAGUUUCCUGGGCGAUGACGAGCCCAUAUCGCAACCGGACUGUGCAUCUGCCUCUGCAUCCACAGCAUCAAGUGAUGACUAGGUUCCCCAGUAUUAUAAGCCUAUAUCCUAAGCUCAACGAUGAUUUAAGUCCUACUAAUCCGAAAGUUUAAUUUAUUUUUGAUUUUCCUAAGCUCAUCGAGAACGCGCUCAGCGUUUGGAAUGAAUUCCAUUUGAGAUUAUGUUAUCUAAUAUUUAAUGAGGUUUCAAAUAAGAAUGCAUUUGAUUCAUUGCCAUUUGUCAUAGUUUUCGUUUCUGUAUUUCUCCAUUGCAAAUAUAUAUUUAUGCUGUAACUAAAUACACAAUUACGUACACAUUUACAUAUAAAUACAGCUACUGCGCAUGUACAUACAUAAUUAAUAAAUAUAUAUGUGUAUAAUUAUACAA